AUGAAUCCACCACAUUUACCGAAACUGUUGGCUUUCGGCCGAUCGGACCACGAUCAGCUGAUUACCCAGCUCCAAUACCUCACCAUUGAGCAUCAAAUCCUCCGAGGGAAACUCCCCAAGAGGAUUUCGAUGACCAAACGCGAGCGACGGAGACUCAUCCGGUUCGGGAAGAAAGUCGGCCCUGCGUUGCGAGAUCUCAUCUCGAUUGUUCAAUAUAGCACAUUUCAGAAAUGGCUUCGUCCAAAGAGUCACAAGAAACGGAGCUUCAAGGCGAAGUCCGGACGCCCGCCCACAAAGCGGGAUCUUAAGAAGCUUGUACUACAAAUGGCUAAAACACCCGGCUGGGGAUACACCCGCAUUCUUGGCGAACUCCGCAAACUCGGGAUCAUGUCGGUCUCGCGAUCAACCGUCCGCUCCAUACUGAAGGAGCAUGGCAUCGAGCCAGCUCCGGAUCGCACGGAACCGGUCUGGGACAAGUUCUUGAAUCGGCAUGCUUCAACACUCUGGUCGUGCGACUUCUUCCACAAGAAAGUGCUCACCCCAAGAGGGCUCAAGCGAUACACGACGCUUGUUUUCAUACAUAUAAGCAGCCGGAAAGUGAUCGCCACGAAGUCUACACGGCAUCCCACCAGCGAUUGGAUGUGCAGAGUUGCUGAGAGCUUCCCGAUGAUGGUGGAGCAACUUGGAUUGCAACCCCCCACCAUCCUGGUACGAGACAACGAUGUACUUUACUCGAGAGAGUUCAACGUAACUCUGAUGAGAGAAGGUGUGAAGCCAUACCCAUUGCCGAUCAAGGCACCCUUGAUGAAUGCGCACAUCGAGCGUUGGAUCAAAUCACUUAAAGCCGAAUGCCUCGAUCACUUCAUCCCGAUCGGCGGAGAGCAUCUUGAUUAUUUGAUUUCCGAGUAUGUCGAGCACUACCACCACGAGCGUCCGCAUCAAGGAAUCGGGAACACCCCAAUCAUGAGUGAUGGACCUCCGCGAACAGUCGGAGAGAUCAGAUGCGAUACCCGGCUCGGCGGGUUGCUCCGGCGUCACUACAGAGCAGCCUGA